AAUAGUUAGGAUGAUACUCAUGGUGUUUCUUAUACUUGAUCUUUGAUGGACACCCCCUCCACGCCAAGAAUCGACAAUACAAUGUUGGUGGACAUUUCGUUGUCUAAGCUUAUUUUUGGUGGCCCCACCCUGGCCAUCGAAAAUAAGGAGGAGAUUUCGGCGGCCUUGAACGACCGACGAAAAAAGUAAUUUUCGACGGCAACACCAUGGCCACAAAAAACUAAUGGCUUAAGUAUCAAUGAGCUCUAUCUCUUUUCCCUUCCUCAUGCCCGCUUGCUCACACCGAGGCCUAGCUGAGCUCAUCCAUCGCGCCGCCACCUCAUAUGUGCUUGCAGCCUCGCCGAUGGACCGAGUGCCGCCCCACCGACGUCAUCCAAGCGACGUGUCCCCGCGCCAUGCCAACAUCCGCUUGGUCGCCCUGACCCUGGUCAUCCGCGCCUCACCCCACCCACGCUGUCUAAGCCACGCGUCCAACGUCUGCUCGACCGCUUCGACCCUGGCCAGUCACGCCCGCCCUGCCUCGCUCCAUUACUAUUUUGUAGUUGAGUAAAUUCUCAGUUAACACAUUUAGUUUGGGCACCGAUGAGGUCACACAUGUGGCCCGGAUUACUCCCAUUGCGGAAAAAAUGCCAGUCUUUAUCAUUUCUCUUAUAGCCUAGCCCAGUUAGAAGUUGAGGCAACUACGACAGUGGCCAUGUGUCCUCAUUUUUCAAAUUAAUUAACAUGUCUUGCGGUGGUGUAGAGU